AUGUUUGUGUUUCCACACACCUCUUUCUCUUACCUGUCUUCUUUACUUUUAAUCAUCCCACUCCCUUUCUCUCUGUCAUUUUAUCUCACUGACUCCAACCCAAUAUUAUCCUUUGAUAAUAAUCAAGCCAGAGAGGUGCACCUCUACACAGAAAAUCACAGAAGAGGGGUGUAUUUGCAGAUGACGUUGGAUGGAAUAGUUUCAGGGUGUGAUGCUCAGACUGCUUACAGUGUACUGGAGCUAAAAUCAGUUAAACCAGGCCAUAUAGCCAUCAAGGGACGGUCAUCAUCUCUAUUUCUCUGCAUGGACAGUGGAGGCCGUUUGAGGGGGCAGGGCCAAUACUCAGAUACCGACUGCACCUUCAGAGAACUGCUUCUGGCAGAUGGAUACACCCGUUUUCUUUCCUCGCACCAUGGGUUUCCUGUGUCUCUAGCAACAAGACAUUCCCCAGAUCGACACACAGUCCCCUUCACUCGAUUCUUGCCACUUAGGAAUACUCUGACAGUGGAGAGAGUGUCUGAACAGCCACCACACAAUCCGAGGUAUUUCAACAUGGACUCUGAUGAUCUUCUCGGAAUGGGUGUGAAUAAUAUGGUCAGUCCUCAUUUCUCAGUGGACAAGUAA